AUGGCGUCGAUUCCAUCGAAUUCAUCAGAUGAUGAAUGUGUGGGGCCUCCCAAGAAGUCUAAGCGACCCAAGAAGCGUUCAAAGAAUAAGUCAAAGGCCAAGGACCCCAAGACCACCCCUCCAUGUCCAGGAAACCAUGCAGCAAAAGCUGAUGCAAGUGCGGCAGCCCAGGCGCCCGCCACCGGCGAACCUGGUGCAUCGUUAGAGGAGCCAGUGGAUCGUGCCUCCAGGGGGAAGACAUGUGUGUUUGUGUGCUUAGUCGAUGUGGCGUGCUCAGAGGAAUCGCCUCAAUGCAGCACCAAGGUCUUCCUUGCAGGCUCGUAUUGGUGCCAAUUCGACUUUGCGUGCCCACCCUUUGAACCAGCAUUCACAGUGACCUACAUCCCAUAUAAGCCCCCAGAUGCUCCAACAUCCACCGGUAGCCAAAUGGUCAUUGUGGAGCCACCUGGUCCAGCAGCGUCACCAGUCAUGGCUGAUGUGACAAUAACCGCAAGCACGGCCAUGCCCCCAACUGCAGCUCCUGGUGCUGCUGCCCCUCCUGGUACUGAUAAGAACGUCAGCGCUGGGGCUACUGCUUUGACGACCCCUGGUCCCAUUGUUACCCCUGUCACGGUCGAGGGGGGCCCAACACCGCAGGAGCCUGGAAGCCCGCCUGGCAUGCCACCAGCUACAGUACGUUCAGGGCAAGGUGCCAGUUCACGGCCACGCAAGCCUCCGGCACCACAGUGCUUUUAUGUGUGCCAACGUGAAGUUUGCAGUGCAGACACUUGUGAGGUGGUCGAGGGGUCCGACUUUUGCACAUUUUGGGCGAUGUGUCCUGCUAACCCGCCAGCUUCGCGAGUAAUUUAUCUGCCCCAAGAUGCGGAGACCGAUCCCCCUGGGACUGUCAUAGCAGCAGCAGGGGCACAAACACCAGAGCCUUUGCCCGGUCUGAACCCUGCAGCAGCACCUGGUCCAGUUAUGCAGAAGAGAAUAGGGGGGUAG